AUGCAGCGCACUUCCACACCCCUCUUCCCAGAGGCAGGUCCGUUAACAGAUCCCUCCAGGCCAUCAAUCUUCGACUUGCUAGCUCAGGACCAGCUCAGAGAACUAUUCCACCCCGUUGUCCGAUAUGUUCUAUCAUACUUUGCUCAAAGGUAUCCUAGAUAUCUUCUACGUAUACUAAACCACCACGAAGAGCUUUUUGCAGCUUUGUUAUUGAUAUUGGAAAGACAUCAUCUGAAGAAACAUAACGCAUCGAUAUCUGAACAUUUCUAUGGUCUUCGUUCGACCCCUAUCUCAUCGAUAAAGACUCCUCGACUGGAUGCGUUCUCCCCUCCCAAACGUAGAAAGGGCAUGUCGCGAAGACAAAGAUGGGGAUUAUUACUUUUCUUAGUCGGUCUACCAUACGUCCGAGCUAGGGCACAAGAUCACUUUGAAAGUCUGGGUGGUGGAGGAAGUACGAAUGAGGUAGGAGAAGAGGAUAGAAGGAGGGCAGUCACUAAACGUCAAAGAAUAUUCAAAUUGAUUUAUCCAUAUUUGAGCUUAGGAGUAGAUCUCACAUUUCUAGGAUAUGAUCUAGCGUUCUUAUUUGAGAAGACCAAUUAUCCUAGACCAUGGCAUGAAUGGUUGGGACUAAAGGUGAUCCGUAGAGGUCCAGAAGAUGAACCCGAAUCGACUGGUAUCCUAUCAAAGCUUCCUCCUCUACUUCCACCACUACUACUCCUCUUAAAACUCUCUCAAUGGUGGUAUUCCCCUUCAUCACCUCGAUCUCACCCCUCUCUCACCGCAAAUGAAAACAGUAUAGCAGCCACACACGCAUCAAUACUACCUCCUAGACCACUACCUAUCUUACCUGGGUCUAUAGGGGCUCUACCUACGCCACCUCUCACACCUGAGCAAGAAAUCGACCAACCACUGCUUGACAGCCCUCAGACUCCGUCGGAAUUAUCGGUACAAACGAAAGGACGGUACAAAGUGACGAAAGAGAGUUACGGCGACUGUCCAUUGUGUGGUAAGAAAUGGCAAAACCCAGCUGUGUUACCUAGUGGGUGGGUGGUCUGCUGGAGAUGUGGCUGGGAUGCUAUUGAGGGUGAAGAUGAAGAGCCCGACGAAGAGGAAGGGAACAAGGGCGAGCAGUCAACCUUGGUGGGACGUAGGAAAGGGAGAUGUCCUAUAACCGGAGUUGAAGUUGGCCCAGGAGAUCUCAGGAGAGUAUUGAUAUAG